GGAAACCCAUCUUGGAGCGUUAUCUAGAGGCAGUAGGUGAUAGGCCGUCGUGCUCGAGCGACGGGCGGGAUACAGACGGGUUGGAAGCAUCAGACAGGUUCUAUGAAGGUAGCUCUUGGACAGCGGCAGUUCCCUGCGGUGCUGGGGAGGUUGGCAUGAAGGAAUUAAGAAUGUUACCACGCUGACGUAUACCAGAGCCACAGAGAAACUAGGCGACAAGUACAGUGAUCAUACAAUUUUGAAAGUUUGAAACAAAAACAUCCUAACUUUGCUGCCAGAUGUGAUGACACUGAUCACGAUUCAGUCCUAUAUUCCAGGAGAGUGAUUGUGAUAGCCUUUCUAAUGAAUCGUGAUACGAUCUUACAAGCUUACAGCAACAUGUCAAGAUGGAUGGCGUCUCUUUCUGUAAGCAAGCUAUACGCAGUGUGUCUUAUUGUGUCAACGGGUCUGACACUCACAACCCUUAUACGACUUGAGCUGACGUGGGUGACCACAUCUGGGCGAAGGGCCCGCCCUCGCAGUCUUGCUCUGUGUCCAAAUGUUUUGUCGGGGAUGUCGAGAGGACGCUGGGUUCCCCGAAAUGUUUCACUGAUGGAGAGACAAAAAUUGGACGCGUUUGUGUCUACUGUGCGAAAACAAUACAAACUUCCUGUAACGAUGCAGCGAGAGGACGGACGAUGUGGCGUAGUCUCCUAUUCUUCUGGCAUCCGUGACCACAGCGUUCUCCGUUAUUUCCGAGCGAUGUGUGAUCCUAGUGGUCGCAACCCGUGCUGCAGGGGUACGAUGUGUCAAGAAGGGUCUCGGGAGGAAUGUCGGUGCCCUGAGUGCUACGACCUACGCCAGGAUGUCCAUGCUGAGUUGGCCAGUUGGGAGACAGAUGACCCCCGAUGUGGUCUUCGCGUGUUUAGGGGUGAGGAGGCUUGUCGUCUGCUGGCGGGGUCCACGCUGCUGGUGGCGGGGGAUUCACUGAUGCGGCAACUGUAUGUGGCGCUGCUCCUCAUUCUCGCCGGAAAUGUCCAGGACGGUGCUUUAGGAAACGACAUACCUGACGACAUGCGCACUAGAUGUUCCGGUAUGAACCAGUUCACGGAUAAGGAGUGUCGGCGCUAUAUCGUCACCGACACGGCAGUAUGCAACGGCAGUGUCAAAAUUGGAUUUCGAGUGCGCACUAGGGCUGUGUAUGUGCAGACGUUUUUAUCAGACAUAAGGACCUUGACGAGUAUCGGACGCUCCAUUGUUCUCGUCGGGUUCGGUCAGCACGAUACCCUCAGCGUUCCGUUUGUCAAGUCACAGUUUUUACUUCCGGUGCUCAAAUAUAUGAAGUCAGCCAUGUUGAAAUGGCCUCGCAUUAUUUGGGCCUCGGUUCACGCUUUUGGCGUCCUUGCCUUUGCCCCAGAGCGCAAUGCGACGUUGGUGAGGGACUACAACAGACAGAUCAGCGAGUUGCUGACGACGUGGGGUGUCCCUGUCAUGGAUACAUUCAACAUGACACUCGGUACCGUCAGCGUGGACGGGGUGCACUAUGGACAAGGAGUCAACAUGGCCAAAGCACAACUAUUUUUCAAUUAUCUUUUCGAGGAGAAAUUAAAAUUCGAGUGGUAAUUCGACAUUAUUUGUGGCAAACAAUGGUGACAUUAAGUGUUUUAAUUGUUUCUGUACCGAAAGUGAAGCAAGCCACUUGUGUGACAGUUGUUUGCUCUUGGUUGUACAGGAAGUUGAGCGGACGUGGGUGUAAUGUGCUCCAGGGUGCCCAUGUCGGACAAUGGCACCACUGUAAUCACGCAUGGACUUCAAUACCUUAUCAGAACAACUGACCGUUAAUGUAACGUCAUGCAGAGAAUUGUAUUGUUAUCAUUGUUCUAUAGCAUUACCACUGACGACAAAACAGUUUUUGUUAAUGAAUGAAAGUCCAGAAUAUAGUUCACAAAAGAAGUAGCACUACAGGUACACUAUAUGAUUCAGAUAGAACAUGUCUCUCUUAGUGUACCGUCAAAAACGACUAUCGUAAGUCCUAUACUUUAACAUAGUCCUACGAUGCUUGUAGCGCUACGACGAUCGUAACUCUUAUACUUUAACAUAGUCUUAUGAUGCUUGUAGCGCUACGAUCGUAGGUGCUAUACUUUAACACAGACUUAUGAUGCUUGUAGCGCUAGGAUCGUAGCUCCUAUACUUUAACAUAACACAGACUUAUAAUGCUUGUAGCGUUACGGUCGUAACUCUUAUAUUUUAACAUAGUCUCAUGAUGCUUGUAGCGCUGCGAUCGUAACUCCUAUACUUUAACAUAGUCUGAUGAUGCUUGUAACGCUACGAUCGUAACUCCCAUAGUUUAACACAGACAUAUGAUGCUUGUAACGCUACGAUCGUAACUUCUAUGCUUUAAGAUAGUCUGAUGAUGCUUGUAACGCUACAAUUGUAAGUCCUGUACUUUAACACAGACUUAUGAUGCUUGUAACGCUACAAUCGUAAGUCAUGUACUUUAACACAGACUUAUGAUGCUUGUAACUCUACGAUCGUAACUCCUAUACUUUAACACAGACAGAUAGAUGUUCAUUAUUUCCUCCAUUUCAUUAAGAGUACAAGGUAUACAGUGAAAAGACAACAUCUAUAGUAUAAGUGUACACACACACAUAUGUAUAUUACAUAUAUGUCAGAAGAAGUUCAUAAACAUAUGUAUCAUAGUGAUUAUUGGUGUUAUUAGAUGGACAAUUAGCGUGUGCUAUUUAAAAUGUAUACUUGCUUACAGUAUAUACAUUGUUUAAUAUAAACAGCUUCGGAUGACUUCAUCCCACUUUUUAACUGCACCACCAAUAUUUAUCAUGCUCUCUGCCCAUACAUUGUAGUCGAAUUCAUCUUCAAGUUGUUUGCCAAGCAGAAAAGUCAGAAAGGUGUCAUCGUCUGUCCAGAUUCUCACAAAUAUUUUAACAUCAAGCAAAUCAGUGAUUUUAUCAAAGAUGAUAUUUCUUUCUUCUAAAUUCUUUUGACAUGACAUGAAAACGUGUUUCACUAUAUCAUUCGCAACUGUUCCACAAAUACAUUCCUUUGAUUCUAUUGGCAUUGAAUCUAAGCGAACUAGUCUAGCUGAGGAAGUAAAAUAUUCUGGUCUAUCGUGAGCAAGUUUCACUAACCUAUGCUCUAGUCCAGAUCGUAUUGUUAGAUAUCUAGAUAGAGAUAAUCUGCUCAGAAGCGCAUUGUUUAGUAAUUGUUUUUCGUGUAGGUGAAUCUUUUCUUUCACCAGUUCUGACCAUAACCGUUUCUUGAUGAAAUGUGAACACAUUAUAUAAUCAUUAACCUCGUCAGACAAUAUUUGGAGACAAGACAGAAAUAGCGUCCACCAAAGUACAGGCCAGAAUCAUGGUUUACAUUUAUCAACUUUCUCAGUUUUUCACAUACUAACCUCGAUCUUUCUACAGAAGUUUUAACAGUACUUAUGUACACUCCCGUACAAACAACUGCCUUUUGAACAUGUAAUUUUAUCUUUCCAAUGUAAAGAUGUUCAGGAGACACUGUUUUUUUACUACAUCAAAAAGUUAGGAGAGCACUUUUGAACACAUUGUAUUCUAACUGCCACUUGUUAGCAUAAUUUUCUGCAACGCUUAGGAGCAUUUGAAGACCUUUUGACUUGCAGCUGAUCAAGGUCGUGUCGUCUGCUAACUGUAUUCCUGGGCAUCGUCCCCAUGGGAGACAUAGUCCACAACCGGAACUGCUUAGUUGAUGAAGUAAAUUGUUGGUAUAAAGAGUUAAGAGCCAUGCUGAUAUGACACGACCCUGACCUACACCAUGUUUAACAGGGAAGACAUCAGAUUUGAAGCCAGCAAAGCUAACACAUGGGUACAUAGAAUUGUAACAUAGACGUAGAAUUCUCCAUAAUUUACCAUUGAUACUAAAUUUAUGUAAUUUAUAAAGGAGACCGUCAAG